UUGAGGAUUCUUCAUCUUUCUCUAAGUGGCCAAUAGAUCAGAAAUUAUAUUCAGAAUCAGCAUGUGAUACAACUUCUAAAUCCAUGAAAUACGGAGAACAUGAUCAUGUUUUUCCACCUGAUUCUGUUGAGUACUUGAACUUGGAGGCAAAAUCAAUCUGCCCUUCUGCUAUAAAGCAGAGUUUGUUUGAUUGUUUAUUAACGGAAGAAGGUUCAAAGAAGCUGGACGGUUUAAAUUGGAUGCUUGAGGAACUAGGAGACAUUACAGAUGUAGAUGAGCCACAUAUGCUGUCCUGUUCUGGGGCUUUAUGGGGAACAGUUGAAAAUGAAAUUGGGAUUGAGAUUGGUGUUUCCAGCAUUCCCUCCGAAGGACAAUUUCAUACCUCUGUGCCUGAUCCUUCUGUGUCCCAGGACCAACUUUUUAGCAUUAUUGAUUUCUCACCAAAUUGGGCAUAUUUAGACUCUGAAACUAAGGGAUUGAAAUAGAGCAUUCUUCAUCAUUAGAGUUGUAUGUACUAU